CUAACCUGCUGUAACUCUGCUGAACCCAGGACAGAGAAAGCCCCCGUGGGGGCCAUGUUCGUCCCGAUUCCGCCCUGAACGUCCUGCAGGAAACAAAGGAAGCUAUGAUUGACGUCUCCGGCUCGCGCACGUAGCGGCAGCGCUAGUUACAGUGCGCGCUCGGCGCUCCCGCUGCGUAGCGACAAGAUGGCGGUGGCCGCCGGAUCAGGCGUGAGAGUCCCCCGCAAUUUCCGGCUGCUGGAGGAGCUGGAAGAAGGUCAGAAAGGUGUGGGAGAUGGGACAGUGAGCUGGGGUCUGGAGGAUGAUGAGGACAUGACCUUAACCCGGUGGAGAGGAGUGAUCCUCGGCCCUCCGAGGACCAGCUAUGAAAACAGGAUGUACAACCUGAAGGUAGAAUGUGGGCCAGGGUACCCAGACUCACCACCAUUUGUCAGAUUUGUGACAAAGAUAAACUUGAAUGGAGUGCACACUUCCAACGGUGUGGUCGACAUGCAUGCGGUGACUGCACUGGCUAAGUGGCAGAACUCCUACAGCAUCCGGAUGGUGCUGCUGGAGCUGCGGCGGCUCAUGGCGUGCAAGGAGAACAUGAAGCUUCCUCAGCCGCCCGAGGGUCAGAUCUAUACCAACUGAGCUUCUGCCACUUUCCUCUGCAUUUUCUCUAACCUUCCCAACCUUCCCUCUCUGUUUAGUUUGACCCCCCCCCCCCCCCCCCGCAACUCCCCUUUCCCUGCCAACACACACUGCAGUUUAAGGCUUAAAAUACAAGAGCAGAUGCAUUUAGGCGUACAUGAACACAGCUACAUCAAACACAGGAAUUCCAUUCUUGAAUGUCAUUUCCGAUCCUGUAUCCCUCAGUUCUCCAUCACUAGAUGAUCUCAUCAUUUUGCUCCAGAUAUGGUUCUGACACUGUACAUCUUAUUAACCUUUUUUUUUUUUUUUGGUAAAAAUGCUGAUUGUACAAUAAACUGUUUCUUCUGUUGCCUUUUUUGUAUGAUAGAAAACAGACAUCAUUUUGCAUCUCUCACUAAACACGUGUCUAGGAGCUGAUCACUUUCAAGAUGUACAUAUAAACCCCAUUUUUAUAACCUAUUGGUUGUGGCAAUAAGUAUGUCUUCUCCUGUGGCCAGAUGAAAGCUUUUCCUCUGGGUGUGUGGACAUGAGCUUGCAAAGAUUUAUUUUUCUCCAAGUGCUCUCCUAAAUGCAUAAUGUGUAAGAUUUGUAAACAUUGUGUGUCUGUACAACUAUAUUUGAUCUUGAAAUGCGUUGUGUGCAAACAGGUCUGCAUUUCUACCAUGCUUGAAUAGAGAAGUGAAAUCAGCUACCUCUUCUGGUCCUGUUUCAUGUCAGAGCAGAUCCCUUAUUGUGAAACUGUCUUUGCAACUUCAUGUGAUGUAAUCGCAUUUUGUUUUUCUCUUUCCAUGUUUUGCAUAAAUUUUUAUUCAUGCA